AUGGACGUUACGAGCGAGAAUAGCCAUGAGGAUGUUGUCGCUCAAUUUCUACAGCCGAAUCUGGUCGGUUUGGAGGUCUUUGGUGGAUAUUAUACUCGUUGGUUCUUAGAACAGAUUCGGACCAGCGCUCCUUCGUUGCGAGUGUUUUUGUUGGAUAACCGCCUGUUUGACGAUGGUAAUGAUCCAUCAGAUGAUCGCUUGAAUGCAACCGAUUUUCUGAGAUUUUUGCAAGCAAUGCCGUCUAUCGAGUUUCUGGAGCUGGCAUUUGGCUGGAAGCCGUUGUUGGAAGUCGAGGUAAUGAGACAUAUUUUCACCCGGCCUCGACUUCAGUCUCUGCACCUAGGCUCUUCUGCGCGCUCUUCAAUGGUCUGGGAUAUGAAACUGAUGAACGGAAUUGACUUGGUCGGAGAAAUCUUACAAGACUUGCGCUCCCUUGAGGUCGUCGCAGACGAAAAGCCCCUGAGUCUGAUCCUACCUAGGUUGCCACGUCUUCAGGCAGUUGAUCUGUCACUUCUCUGCCCAUCAUCACAAGCGAUAGUGCUGAACAAGCUGCUGGAGUCUUUGUCCAGAUGUACUGGAUUGAGGGAGAUCUCAAUCAACUGUGAUGAUGGUCUUGUACUUGACAAUGAUGCUCUAUCCAGCUCUGCACUUCUGUCGGUCGCGACAAACUGUCGCUUCCUUCGCAUACUUGAAGUGACAUCGUCCUUGCCGGCCAGUCUGACUGAUGAGUUGAUCGAGGCAAUGGCUUCAAGACUAACUCAUCUGGAAGUGUUCUCAUUUGACAGCGCCCCAUUUCACGGCCUUUCCUAUAAAUCAAUUGAAUCGUUUGCGCGGCACUGCCCCUCCCUGUGUGAGCUCUGUCUGCCCAUCAGAGUCGAGUUGACGUCGUUGGAGAGCGAACCCAACAACGUGAAAUUUGCCGAGUUGCAGGAGCUGGAAGUCACCCAGGCCACAUUUCUCCCCGUGGAGACCUCCGAGGAUUUCAGGGCAGUACAAGAGACUUUGGUCCAAUUACUGGACAGACGAUUGCCACGCUUAACUGCGCUUAGAGAAAUCCCUGGUUCUAGCAAGCACGCACAUCAGUUGCGGACCUGGAUCAGAAAUUAUCUCAGAAAGCGGCCAUCCGGGCCCAACCCGCGUGGGAAAGUCUCUCGCGAGGUGACAUUGAGUCUGCUGGAGAGUUGA